AUAUGUUUUUAUUUUGGCGCGCGCCAAUCUGGUCAACGCCGCAAAGUGAGGGUUUGCGAAUUUCAAGCGUUUUUGUAACUCCAACACAAUGCCCGAAAGCAUAAUUGCUGGUAUUCCAGUGCACUUUCCCUUCGAGCCAUACGAAGUGCAGCGGGCGUUUAUGGAGAAAGUCAUCAUAUGUUUACGUGAUGGCACAAAUGGCGUUCUCGAAUCACCCACUGGCACCGGCAAGACCCUCAGCCUACUCUGUUCGUCGCUGGCCUGGAUUCGAACGAGGCAAUCGGAGCAGCAGAAGCAAAUACGUAAACUGCAGGAUGCAGCCAAUAACACUAAAGUGGGACCCACAGGAAUUGUACCCGGAGAGGCUGCCGAGUUGGCUUUAACCGUGGGCAAGGCCAACAAUUGGGGUGUCCCCAAAGUGAUUUAUGCAUCUCGUACCCACUCUCAGCUAACGCAAGCCAUGCGUGAGCUGAAACGUUCGGCAUAUGCCGGCAUGAGAUCAGUGGUCCUUGGUUCCCGUGAUCAGCUAUGCAUUCAUCCGGAGGUGAUGCGGGAGCAGGGCAAUUCCAAUAAGGUGAACAUGUGCAAAAUGCGCGUGCAUUCGAAAACUUGUUCAUUUCAAUUGCGUGUCGAGUCGAAGAAGGAUCAUCCCGAUUUUCGGGGGCCCAGUAUUAUGGAUAUUGAGGAUCUAGUCAAGGUGGGACAGAAGUUAAAAAUGUGCCCCUAUUUUGCCUCCAAGGAGCUGGUAAACGAUGCUGAUAUCACCUUUAUGCCAUACAAUUAUCUGCUCGAUCCCAUGGCUAGAAAGGCGAACAAAAUCGAGCUUAGCAACACGAUAGUCAUACUGGAUGAGGCCCACAACAUUGAGAAAAUAUGCGAGGAAUCGGCUUCGGUACAAAUUAAAUCAUCAGAUGUGGCGGUGGCCAUUGAGGAUGUUACCCACAUAAUGAGAAUCUUUACCAGCGCCGAUAGCCAAGAUUUUAGUGGCGAUGAACCCAAAGAUUUCACGCUAGAUGAUCUUACAUUGCUUAAGGAAAUGUUACUAGAACUAGAGAAGGCUAUCGAUGGUGUGGUGGUGGACAAUCUGGCGGAGGGAACUACCUAUCCAGCUAGCUAUAUGUACGAGUUGCUAGCAAAGGCCAAUUUUACCUAUGGCAAUUGUGCCAGCAUUGUGGCUCUGCUGGACAAGCUGGUGCAAUAUCUAAUGGUGGCUUCCCAGAACAAUAGCUCUAUGAUCAUGCGUAAAGGUGGCAGCUUUUUGGUCCUGGCCGAGCUCCUGACCAUUGUAUUUGCUAACAAGGAGGACAUCAUGGCCAAGGUGCAUCGAAGUUUUAAGGUUCAUGUGGAAGUGGAGGAGGCGAAGCAAAAUGCUGGCAAGCCAGCCCCAAAGCAGCAGCAGCAAGGCGGCUGGUUGGGUAAAGGAAACAAUACUAGCAAUUCGUCGUCAUCGAACAAAGCCAAAGUCAUAAAUUUCUGGUGCUUUAAUCCUGGUUUUGGCAUGGAACAGCUACUGAAUACCCAAGUCCGUAGUGUCAUAUUAACCAGUGGUACAUUGGCUCCACUUAAGCCUCUCAUUGCAGAACUAGCCAUACCCGUGGCCCAGCACUUGGAGAAUCCGCAUAUUGUGGAUCAGUCGCAGGUUUAUGUAAAGAUCAUUGGCACUGGGCCAGAUCGCCAGCAACUUAUUUCCAACUUUAAGAAUCGAGAUAAUCCCAAAUACAUCAGUUCACUGGGCCAGACCAUUCUCAAUGUGUCACGUAUUGUGCCCGAUGGACUACUGGUGUUCUUUCCCUCGUAUCCCAUGCUAAAUAAAUGUGUCGAUGCCUGGCAAACCAGUGGCUUGUGGGCGGACAUCGCAGCUAAGAAACCCAUUUUCCUAGAGCCACGCGGCAAAGAUCAAUUUACCACCACCAUGGAGGAAUUUUAUCAAGCCAUACGCGACUCAAAAGGUGCUUGCUUUAUGGCCGUUUGUCGGGGCAAAGUCUCUGAGGGCUUGGACUUUGCCGAUCGCAAUGGUCGAGCCGUUAUUAUAACCGGCUUGCCCUAUCCCCCUCUCAAAGAUCCAAAGGUGAUCUUAAAACGACGCUAUCUAGAGGCGAAUCGCACCAAAGAGAAUCAACUGCUCACUGGACAGGAGUGGUAUAAUCUGGAUGCCACACGCGCUGUCAAUCAAGCCAUUGGUCGUGUCAUCCGUCAUCGUCAUGAUUACGGGGCCAUUUUGCUAUGCGAUUCUCGCUUUCAAGAUAACUCUCAGGUCCAACAGCUUUCCAAAUGGAUACGCGGACAUUUGGGAGCACGGCCACAAUGUUCACCCUUUGGGCCCAUUGUGCGAGAAUUGCGUCAAUUCUUUAGGCAUGCCGAGGAGACAAUGGAACAGCCGAAAGAACGCACCGAUGAACCUCUGCUGAAAAACGUUUACAAAACAGAAGCUGUCACUCAGGAAAAUAAUGAGGAGAAGCCACUGUUUAAAGUGAAACGAGAACCCGGACAAAUGGCCACCAAUGCGGCUGCAUUUAAGCAAGCCAAUGAAAUGGCAAUAAAGGUGGAAAUGACAAAUUCCAUUAAAAGCUGGACACCAGAUGACUAUGUCAGUGCCGCUGGACGGACACAAAGUCACUCACAGUCAAAGCCCCCCAAUGCCAUGGACUUUAUGAGUCGUCUCGACUCAAAUGUUUCGAGUAUAGAUUUCAAUUCCACGGGAACCGGAAAUUUGGUCAAAAUACACAAACGUGAACGCAGUUCACCCACUUUUGGCGAUACAAAGAGCAGCUCUCAGCUAAAGAAACGCUACAAACUAGUAGAUAAUAUUAAAACAGAACCAAGCACCAGUUCCAGUUGUAGUAGUAGUAUUAAUAGUAGUAGUAGUACUAGUAGUAGUAGCAUUUGCUGCUCACAAAAAGAGGCUCCAGAAUCCAGGGCAGAUUUCCUAAGAGAGGUGCGCUGUUUCAUCAAUCAAGAUGAGUUUCGUGACUUUGGCAAGGCUUUGCUGGCCUAUAAAAAUGGCGGCGACGAAGCAUUUGAAUCUCUAAUGAGUCUACUCUUCAAAUUGUUGGGUAAACCACAAAUGCGUUAUCUAUUACUCGGCAUUCGACGAUAUCUGAAAAAUGAACACAAGGCGGAGUUUGAUAAGCGCGUAGCCACUUAAACUUGAGCCAUUUGUUGCACUUAAGGUUUAUUAGUAGUUUUUUCCUUUUUUUUUUAUUUUGUUUAGGUUGUAUGUAUGUAAUUGCAUUUUUCUUUGAGUCAUAAAAAUAUAGAGUUAUAAGUGUACAGUGGACUUUAUGUAAAUGUGAAAUUGCAAUAAAUUCAAGGUCAUUUAUACACCUGGAACGGUAAUUUUGAA